CUUUCUUUCUCCAACCAAAAAACAAUUUUCACAUCCAACAUUACCCCCCAACCCCCCACCCCACCCCAAAAAAAACACUAUUUCUAGCAACAUAUAUUGUAUAAAACCAUGGUGGUUCUACCAACAAAAAGAGAAAGAGAAGGUGAAUUAAAAACCCUAAAAACCAUGGCAAAUUACUUGAUGUUAUUUUCACAUCAACAAAAUCAUUUUGACACGAGCAUGACCAACUCUCCUGGUAAAGUUUUCGAGUGCAAGACAUGCAAUAGACAAUUUUCUUCGUUUCAAGCACUUGGCGGUCAUCGAGCAAGUCAUAAGAAGCCAAGAUUAAUGGGAGAAUUGAAUUUCCAAAUGCCAAUUUCUCCACCUAAACCAAAAAUACAUGAAUGUUCAAUUUGUGGACUUGAAUUUCCUAUAGGACAAGCUUUAGGUGGACAUAUGAGAAGACAUAGAGGUAUGUUGAAUGAAAAUAAUAGUAAUAAUAAUAUUCAUCAAGUUCCUCAUCAUGUUGUGAAGAAAUUAAAGAGUUCAAGAGUUUUGUGUUUGGAUUUGAAUUUGACACCAUUGGAGAAUGAUUUAGAGUUGUUCAAGUUGAAGAAUGAAGCUCCUAAAGUUGAUUGUUACUUGUAAUUAUUAUAGAAUAUUUAGUAAAUAAAUCCUAUCUAGAUGUGUAGAAUAAUGUUUUAUUUAUUUUUCUUUCUUAAUUAUUACUACUUCUUAUGGAUCAUGUUCUAGAUAGGAGUUUAGAGAUAAGUAUCCAAUAAUUCGAACUAUUGUCAAAGUUGUUCUGACUUUUGACGCACUCCAACGAUUCACUAGGGUCCUAUUACCCUCCUAAACUCAAUUUUAGUGUAUUUUUGUCAUCCUUUCGUGCUAGCGUGACACUUUUAUUACAUAAAAUGAGACCCAUAUCAGAGGUGACACAUCAGUUAAAAAAGGUGACAAAAGGUGCCACGUCAGCUAAAAAGGCUGAUAAAAAUACCUUAAAAUUUAGUUCAGAGAGUAAUAGAAUCCCCGUGAAGUUUGGAGCGUGUCGUAAUAAAUUUGAUCAUAAUUCGGGGAUA